AUGUUAAGAAGAUCCGUUAAUAGGGAUAUAAUAGCAUUUAAAAAAUGGUAUUCUGUCACCAACAUAAUCACAAAUAAUAAUACAAACAUUUUUUCAAAACAUUGUAAUGGAUAUUCUGUUCAUAAUGUUACCAAAAAAAAUCAAUUGGAUAAUAAUAUUUUAUUUGUAUAUGUUGCUAGAUUUAAUUCAACAAAGAGUGUCUCCAACAACGCUAAAACUGUUACCAAUACGCCCAUUAAUAAUCUCAUUGAAGAACCAAAAUCAACAGAAAAUAUAUAUUUAAGUAAUACUGCUUCUGCAUCGCCUAUUGUUUCCCUCAACUCAUCUAAUUUACCAUUUUCUGCUACCAAAAUUGGCGAUAUUAGUAAUAAUAACACGGCAACUACACAAGAACCUGUGAAACAAUCGAUGGAACUAAAUGUUACGAAGGAAGAUGAAAAAGAGGUUACUACCACUAGAGGCAAAAAGAAAAAACCAAACAAAGAAUCAUACAUUGUUUUAAACACUUUUAGUAAGAAGAGAAGUAAGAAGUAUAGAGGAAGCAGUAGGGAUGAAUUAAUAGAAAAUCUGAACAAAGUAUUAAUUGAAGAUGUUGAUCCGCUAACCUUUUUAGAAAAUAUGAAAACAAGGAAUAGUAAAGACUUCAAUGCUUCCCCCAAAGUAAGUGUACCAAAUGGCGAAGAAAGUGUCAGUGCCAAUACUAAAAUAGGGCUAGAUAUUGAUAGGAGUGAUAUAGAUGAAGAUUUUCCGAAUGUAAAUGAUUUUCAGCGUCAACAAGAAAAUGGUAGAAAGAACAAAAGUAAUCGAACACAGAACAAAAUUUCAGUAGAUGAGAUUUUAAGUAGUAAUGGUGAAUUAUUAUUAAAUACAGUAAAAACAGCCAAAAUGAUGAAAAAUCCAACAAAUUUUCAAGUAAUUGAGACUAUUAACUCAUUAAAACCAAUAGCACCUACGAAUUUUACCAGUAACUCUACGGUUAAACCCUUAGCUGUAUCUUCCAAAAGAUAUAAACAACUAGCAGAACAACUAACAUGGGGGUUUACUUCUAAACAGUUGAGGAUAUACAUAAAUUCUACGGUUGGUUAUGAAAUAUCUUCACGACACUUACGAACCAAAAAAAACCACAUAGUACCGUAUAUUUUGGAAACCCUUUGGAAUUGUGAAAUCGAUCCCAAUAUGCUAGAGUCUAGUGACGUGUUAGUGGAAACGAAGAUUGAAGAUUUGAAAACCGAGGAACUAUACCUUUUGUUAUUGAGUAAACGUGGUGGUUACAUUAACAAGUUUACCACAUUGGGUGCUAAAUUGACGGUUAAUAUGGCUGAACGCAAAAUCACGAUUACCGCUUCUAGGAAUUUGGCCAAUUACAUAGAGGUUACUAUCCGGAAGAUAUUAAAUAAUGUUGUAUGUACCGAAUUUCCAUUUACUGAAACAGUUAAAGCGCAUGGCGGUAGAUUGAAGAACAUGCCAUUAAGAGACAUGUUGGAUUUAAUUCAAAUUGAAGUAGGUGUUUACAUAGACCAACGCAGUGAAGAUAAAUAUGUGAUUUAUCAUUUGGGAGAAAAGAAUUUUGAAAAAUUUAAGAAAUUGCUAUUGUGGCUCAUUGACCACAAUCCACAAUAUAAGGAAAAAACCAUUGAUUUAUCCCCAAUAGAAUACAAGAAUAAUAGCAAUUUGAUUCAAUAUCCUUUAACAAAGACAGAGGCUUUAAAUUGGUAUCAAAGACAAAAUGUGUAUUACAGAUAUGAAGUUCCUAUAAGUAGAAAAACAACUGCUGAAAAACGUGUUGAUGCAAUCUGCGAAAAAGAGUUGGAUAAAACAGUAGAUGAAAUAUGUGAAUUUAUCUAUGAUAGCAGCACUAGUCAACUGGAUGGGGUUAACAGUUUUAUCAGUUCUAAUGGAAGUAUUAAAACCACGAGUAUUACAUUGGGUCACAUAUUAGAAAGCUCUACUUCACCUGAAAAACUAUUUUUCACAAAAGUACCAGAAAUUACAUCUAAAAUAUUGAAGUUACCAGUUCUUAAUGAUUCAAUGGAAGAAUCUGAGGAAUUGGAACAUCUAAGCGAACAAGCAGAUGAUCUUGAAGGUAUUAAUGAUAAUAUUCAAGUGGAUAAACAUGAUUACUUGGUUCAAUUAAGGUAUAUCCCAAAUUUUGGAUCAUUAAAUGUGGCAGAUGUCACUACUAAUCCGUCACUAAAGGGGAAGGAUUUGACAAAAUUGAUACCACCAGUAGAAUUAUGGUUUGAAUUAGACGAGCACGAUCGGGCAGACGUUAAUAGUAUGAGAUGUGUUUUACCACUUUCUGAAUCAACCUGCAAGUUAAAGACUACGCAAUUACCUCAUGAUUAUAAGGUGACAUGUGAUAAUGUGAUACAGUUAUGCGAACCAUUUUACGAACAAAACGAUACGACCACUAGCAAGGAAAAAUGGCUAGACGAUCAACCAGGAUUAAAGGAGUAUGGUAAGUUAUUUAAUUACCAAAUUAACAAAAGGGGAAAUAAUUAUAUUCCGAAAAGCCUUCAUUUAAACAUUCCACUGGUAGAUGGUGGGUGUAUUAGUAAUCUUAGAUUCGAUAAAGUUGAAAUGAAAACCAGUAGCAUUUUGAAGUUCAGAUUUAAAGAUAAAUAUAUUGCGCAAUACUCGUUUGUAGAUUCCGGAUCCGAAGGUGGUAAGACGACAAGAAUUGAUUUUAUCAACCCAGAAGUUGGGGAUGGUGAUAUUAAAAGAACAUUAAAAUUUUUUUUGCAAGAUGUUAUGCAUUUUUAA